GUGAUGAUUCGAAAAAAUAAAUCUAGUCAUCAUAAUGAUGAUGAUGAUGAAAAUGAACAAACAACAACAGCAAAAAUAUUCAGUGCAUGACAAUGAUCUAUUGUUUAUCGAUUUACCCAUCAAUCAUUAUCAAACAUCUGCAUCAUUUGUUAUGAUAUUGAAUCGACAAGCACCGAUCAAAACAAAACAAUGGUUAAUAUCAUUAUUACAAGAAAAUCAUUUGAAUUUAUCGAUAAUCGAUCUAGAUAAUCAACACAGGCAAUCAUCAUCAUCAUCAUCAUUGCCUGAAGAUCUUAUAUUAUUAAUUAGUUGUUCGGAAAAGCUGUUGGAAGAAAAUGCUAAUCAUGUUUAUAAACAAUUGAAACGUCAACAUUUGAAACAACCGGAUGAUUUGAAUAAAUUGAAUACGGCGGAAAAACAACGUAUUUUAUAUGAUUGGAUCCGACGAAUUUGUUCGACCAAUCGAACGUCGAUUGUUGGCUUGCCCGAUGUUACACUUUAUCCUGGACAAUCAAUAAUUGAAAUUUGUUGCUACCAAAAAGUGAUUACACAUUAUUUUCCUUUACAUGAUUAUGAACAUUUGGAAAAUUUACGAUCCAAUUAUUGUGUCAGCUUUAGCCACAAUAUAGAUUAUGUUCGUAAUUAUUUCGGUGAAAUGAUUGGAUUCUAUUUUGCUUUUCUCAACUAUUAUCGUGAUAUGUUUUGUUUGGCCACUAUUGUCUAUCUAAUCAGUUGUCUGUUACAUAUUCCAAAUGAAUUAUACACGAUAAUCAUAUGUUUUGGUUCAUUUGUAUUCAUAAAAAUGUGGAAACGUUUUGCUAAACGUUUAGCAUUUGAUUGGGGUACAAUCGAUUUGAUUGAAUUGGAAAAAGCAAGGCCAGCUUUUCGUAGUAAAGGAAUGCGUAUGGAUACAACCACCGAAGAAAUGGUUCCAUAUUAUCCAAUAACAAAAACCUGGUGUAAAGAAUAUUUCAUUUCCGUACCAUUCGUUAUUGUAUGUCUAUAUCUUUCAUUUGAAUUAAUGUGCCUUUAUUUCGAUUGUGAAGAUUGGAUGGCUAGCCAUUAUAAUGAAGAUCCAUCCAUAUUGAAUUUUAUAUUUUGUUUCGUACCAAGUAUUGUUUAUGCAGUGAUUGUUAUGUUUAUGAAUCAUUUGUAUAUUGUAGCUGCAACCAGAUUGAAUAAUUAUGAAAAUCAUAAAACACAAGAAUCACAUGAAAAUCAUUUAAUCGUCAAAUUGGUUCUGUUUGAAUUUUUCAACAAUUUCAUCUGUCUUUUCUAUAUUGCUUUCUAUAUGAAAGAUAUGGACAUGUUGAGAUAUACACUGAUAACAAUGUUGACUGUGAAUAAAACGGUGGAAAAUUUUCUCGAAGUAUUCAUACCAAUGUUUUUGAUUUAUCGAAAUGAUCCGAAAAAAUUAUUUGGUCAAUCUUCAAACAAAUCAUCGUGGCAGCAACAGAUUUAUGAUGAAAAAAAUCUUUAUAUCUAUGAGCAUACGUAUUAUGAUUGUCUUGAAUUAUUCAUCCAAUAUGGUUAUGCUUUUCUAUUCAUAUCGAUUUGGCCAUGGGCACCACUUGUUGCCGCAAUCAACAGUGUUAUGGAAGUUCGUAUGGAUGCUGCUAAAUUGGUGUAUUGUAAACGGCGUCCAUUUCAGAAAUCAAUGAAAUCGAUAAAUAAUGCAUGGAUUAAAUCAUUCGAAGUUCUUUCCAUCAUUAUUGUGAUUUCAAAUUUUCUAACAUUGGAAUUAGUAUCCGAUCAGGUUCAAUUGUUGGGUUUUUAUUUCAAUCUUUCAACUUUUAAACUUGUCGUCUAUGCUGAACACAUUUUUCUUACAAUAGUAUUGAUUUUCUGGUACGUAGUACCAGAUAUUCCACGUGAUGUUCAUCAUCGAUUAAAUCGGCGAAAAUAUUUACAAUUGACUACCGCCAGCACCACCACCACCAUUGCCAGUCAAGACAAAAAGCUCGAUUAAUCUCAGAUGUUUAAGCUAAUCUAGUUAUGGUCAUAUCAUCAGUUUGUUGUUGCUGCUGUUUUUGUUGUUGGUGUUGACGAAAUCCUUUUGCAAAUGGAUUACUAGCUAUUUUUAAUUGUGUUAUCUAUGUGAAAAUUGAAAGAAAAAUUUAUAAUUUGUUUUUAUAAACUUGAGAUGUUUUUUUUAUAUACCCUAUGAUUUUGAUAUGCAGUUACAGCAAUAAAUUGAGUUUCAUUGAAAA